GCGCGAGGAAAGUUUGGAUUCAUCGAGCCAGUGGAUACAUCGACACGCCGGAUCAACGUUGUUUCGAAGCGCUCGGUAAGAAUUCCAGGUCUUGAUUCCUUUAAUCGCAGAUUAUUUCCUAGUAAAGUAAUAGUUUCCAGCGGUACUGUUAAGUUCUGAGUUAGUGGGUUGGCUCUACAGCUUGUCUACUUAAUCGCAUAUUGUAAAGAACUUUGGGGUGUCGUGGACAUGUAGAAUCUUACACAGGUUGACUGUUUGAUCGGGAUGAAACUUUAAAGUUCGUUAUGCACUGCUGGAACCAGAUUCGAACUGUUGUGUGUCGAUGCCGGUUUUUGAGUUUUAACAAGCACUUUGCUGAAACAACUACAGGGGCUCCCAAGUUCGGCUUGUUCAUUUGUGAUUCUUCCUUAGGUGAUCAAUUCGCUCUGUCUGAAAAUUACUCCAAAUUGCUUGACAUAACGAGAAAAUAGUGCUUUAUAAUCAUAGAUUCAGUAUGUAGUUGAGUAAGCGGUCCAUACGAUGCAAUGAACUUCAGCGUCAGAAACCAACAUCAACAUGAGAAGUUGAGAUAUAUGCGUUUGCAUGAGGAGAGGCAUAUGAUCAUAAGCUAAGAAUGGCAGAAAGUGCAGUGCUGUAUCUACUUAGCAAGCUGGAAAGCUUUGUUGGGAAUGGGAUUCAGCAAGAAAGAGAUGGUCACGAAGAAUGGAUGUCUCUGAUGAGAGAAUUUGAGCGCAUCAAGGCCUUCCUAAAAACUGCAGAUUCCAUGGAAGAGUGCAAUGAAGAAGUCAAAGUAUGGGUUAAGCAAGUACGAGAAAUUGCGUAUGAAGCUGAAGAUGUUCUUGAUGAAUAUAAGCAACUCUCAGGGCAGGAUCAUCAAACUGAGGGCUUUCUACGAAUGAUUCAAACUAGUGUCAGAAACAGGAAAGCUCGACACCGACUGAUUUCAGCUAUGAAAAGCAUCAGCCCCAGAAUCAAAAGUAUCUGUGAAGGACAGCAGAGACUGUUUGACGGUUUCAGCACAACUGAGAGAGGUUCAAGCUCAACCUCUUCUUACGAAGACAACAAAUGGCAAGACCAUCGAGGUGAUGCACUUCUGGUAGAAAAAUCUGAUCUGGUGGGCAUCGAAGAGCCCAAAAAGGAGCUUGUCGAAUGGUUGGUCCAGGGUGUUUCGCAAUGCGAGGUAAUUUCAGUGGUUGGCAUGGGAGGUUUGGGGAAGACAACCCUGACAAAGCAAGUUUAUGAUGACCCAGCAGUGAAGAAACGAUUCACAGUACGAGCUUGGGUCACUCUUUCUCCCUCAUUAAGGACGGAAGAUCUGCUGUUAGACAUGCUUCAACAGAUCACCAGUAGCAUCAUGAAGACGGUUCCAGCGGAAGCAAAAACUCGCGAUAGCAGUUGCAUUAGAACGAUGAUCAAAGACCUCCUCCAGAAAAGGAAAUCGAAAUACCUAAUCGUCCUAGACGAUGUGUGGGACAUGAACAAAUGGGAUGCAGUCAAAUGUGCGUUACCCAACAAUAACAAUGGCGGUCGGAUAAUGGUCACAACAAGGAAAUCAGAUCUAGCAUCAGCAUCCGGCACUGGAUGUGCAGGGAAGGUCUACAACAUGAAGCCCUUGUCAGCUGAACAGUCACAUGAACUUUUCUGUAGGAAGACGUUCAAAGAGAAAGCGUGCCCCAGCCAUUUGGAGGAAAUUUGUCGACACAUCUUGAGAAAAUGUGAAGGACUUCCCCUAGCCAUUGUGGCCAUCGGUGGUGUUCUGGCCUCAAAGGACACAAGAAGAAUUGAUGAAUGGGAACUUGUCCGUCGCAGUCUCCGUUCCGAAAUCGAAGACAACGAAAAGCUAAAAAAUCUGAAGCAGGUUCUUUCAUUGAGUUUCAAUGAUUUGCCUUAUUACUUGAAGUCCUGUUUUUUGCAUUUGAGCGUAUUCCCUGAGGCUCACAAUGUCGAGUGUAUGAGGAUAAUCCGACUCUGGGUAGCAGAGGGCUUUGUUGAAAGGAAAGAAGGUAAGACCCUGGAAGAAGUUGCUGCGGACUACCUUGAUGAGCUCUUGAACAGAAGCCUCAUCCAAGUGGCAGAGACAACCAGUGAUGGAAGGGUCAAAAUGUGCCGAGUUCAUGGCCUUUUGCUGGAAAUAAUCAUUUCAAAGGCAAGGGAUCAGAAUUAUGCAAUCAUAGACCAGGAACACAGCGAACUGUGGCCAGAAAGAGUUCGUCGCCUCUCUGUACACAAAGCGUUUCAGGUUGCGCAGCAAAACCGAUCACUUUCCCAUCUCAGAUCGUUGUUAAUGUUUGGCGUGGACAGGUCUUCUGUUGAUGACGCUCUCUCAUCUGAAUUCAACCUUCUCAGAGUCCUAGAUUUAUGUCAUGCUCCAGUAGGCCGCUUCCCAGUUCAGGUACUUGACAUGAAUUGUCUUAGGUUUCUAAGCUUGAGAUCUAGUCAUAUUCAAACCAUUCCAAGUUCCAUAGGGAACCUUCAGAACCUAGAGACGCUAGACCUCAAAGACACUCAUGUCAUGGCAUUACCUGUGGAGAUAGCAAAGCUUCAGCGACUACGUCAUCUCCUUGUGUAUCGGUAUGAGACAAUAGCUUAUUCGCACUAUAAAUAUGGUUUCAAAACCCCUGCAGAUAUCGGAGCUCUGCAGUCUCUGCAAAAGCUAUGCUAUAUAGAGGUAGAUGACGAAAGAAACCGUCGCAAUAUUUUGGGGCUGGGGAAACUUGAUCAGUUAAGGAGGUUGUGUGUGUUAAAGUUGAGGAGAGAAGACGGAAGGAAUCUGUGCUCAUCGAUAGCAAAGUUAACCAACCUCUCCUCACUGGCUGUCUAUGCAUUCGAUGAUGAAGAAGAACUCGAUCUGCAUCACCUUUCUUCACCUCCGCCACUACUUCAGAGGAUCUUCUUGAGGGGACACUUACAGACCUUACCAAGCUGGAUUGCGAACCUCCACAGCCUCGUAAAACUACGCCUGAGAAUGUCCUGUUUAAGGGAUGAUCCACUGGAAUCCCUUCAAAAUUUGCCCAGUCUGGUUCAUCUCGAGUUGCUGCAUGUUUAUAAUUGGCAAACUUUGCGCUUUGAGGCCAAAGGGUUCAUGAAACUUAAGACAUUGGGGCUCGAUCUUUUCGAUGAGCUCGAGUUCAUACAGGUGGAGGAGGGAGCAAUGCCCUGUCUAGGAAAGUUGAUCAUCCAGCGGUGCAAAUUGCUCAAGGAUCUGCCAUUAGGAAUCGAGCACUUAAAGAUGCUCAAGGUGUUGGAGUUCUUCGACCUGCCUGAUGAAUUAGUCCAGAAACUUAAGCCGGACGAACAAAAUGAGGACUAUCAGAAGGUUGCGCACGUUCCUGAAAUUCGUUACGCUUACUGGAGAGAGCAAGGUUGGGAUGUCACGUCUGUAGAGACAUCGGUCGAGGAAGAGGGCUCUCGUUUGCAGAGUUCUAGUAUGAGGAGUAGUGAACUACCUCCUUGUUGGAAAUAAGUGUCUAGUAGUGAACUACCUCCUUGGUGGAAAUAAGUGUCUAUAUCUUCUGUGAAUCAAUCUUUUCCAGGGUGUUUAUGUUUACACUGCCAUGGAAAAUUCGAUGUAAUGCAGUUUACAGUAAAUGAAUUCUCAAACAUAUUCGAAUGUU